UUCCUCACCCACAAGCACCGAAGCUCUUUCACAGCUCUUCCACUGCGCGCUCACGGCACUUACACCUGCCCAAACCAGCCCAGAAACCACGGGAAACGUUUCACCAAAGCUCCGGUACGCAUUGGAGCGAGGCACCGGGGGAUUCACAAACAGACGCCGACAUGGGGCAAAAGGAGAGCCGCAACGAGGAGAUGGAUUUGGCGCAAGUGCAGGAGCUAUGCAUUAUUUUCAUGAAGGAGUGUCCGAGCGGAGCGUUACAUUUGCACGAGUUUAAGCGGAUCUUUGGGGUCCAGAGUAGCAGCGAGGAGGAGUCCACCUACAUAGAGACGGUUUUCCGCUCGUUUGAUACAAAUAAGGAUAACAGACUGGACUUCCUGGAGUACGUGGCGGCGCUACACCUGAUCCUCAGAGGAAACCUGGAGGACCGUUUAAAAUGGUCCUUUAAAAUGUACGACAAAGACGGCAAUGGCAAACUGGACCGCAGCGAGGUCAAGAACCUGAUACGGGUAAUCCAAAAAAUCCGAGUCCACCGGAGCGACAUGGACAUGACCCCAACGCAAAUCUGUGACAGAAUAUUUGAACUGGUGGAUCAAAACCACGACGGUCAGAUCACAUUGGCUGAAUUCAUGGAGGGGGCCCAAAAGGACGAGUGGGUUAUGCAGCUUCUCAAACUGGAUGUAAACGCUACAGGAUGGGUCAUACAGAACUGUGGAAAACUACCCUAA